AUGGAACUGUCAUACAACUUGGAUCACGGCGCUGUGAUUGGCAAGAGCGAUGUGAACCGGGGUUACUGGGCACUGGCUCAAUUGCUAACACAGGUCAAAGUUGUGCAGAAUACUCCGGCUGCGCAAGCAUCUGAUACAGCUCUUUUGGCAGAAGAAUCGCAGACAAUGACACAUUCUGCAUCUAGAGUCGGUAUGCCUCAUCGACCGUUUGAAAUGCACGAUGUCUAUGCGGCCAUUGAAAGAAAAGACGUGGAGAAGAUCAUGCUGAUUCGAGACAGCGCUUUUGAACUCUUGCUAGGCGUGGAAGAAGGAGUUCCAUGGUCAGGCAAAUCGCAUACACCUCUAGAUUAUGCCAUUUCUUUGGGCCCAGCGUACAACCGUGUAUGCCUCUUUCUAGUAGGAGCCAUGUCACGGUACGUCAAUCACCUACCAGAUGAUGAACCACCCUCCCCGGCCCAAAUUGAAAUUCUGCGGCGCGUGCGCGCAAACUUGAAGUUGGGCAUUGAUCACAGUCUUUUCAAAGAAGAGACUUCGUUGGUAUCAAGCUACUUACAAGUGCUGGUCAUGUCGGAAGGCAUGGAAUGGCUUCGCCACACAGUGCAUAACGUUGCAUAUGAAUUGGAGGCUUGGGCAGGUCACGAACUGCCGCCGGACGGUGUGAUUCCUGAUCCACUUCGUGUAGCUCAGGAUGCUAUUGCUUCCUUUUUGACAUUGCAUCUGCGACUUCGACGAGAAACAGAACGUGUGGUUGUCGCAAGUGUAGACGAUUAUGUGGCCAAUGCCACAGGAGACCUGAUUUUGCUGGCAUUAUGGUCAAAGAUUCCCCACGAAGAGGACUUACCUUUGCAUGCCUUUGCCCGUGAUGAUCGGUGUACUGAACUGUUCUGCGAAAUGGUCGUAGGUACAUCUCUUCCGAAGCAACCUGCUGGCCGUACGGCCAAAUUGUGGCGCACAGCUCAGCACAUCGUUGAUCGGCUCGACGAGGGCAUGCACCGUCGCAACGCUAAAGAACGGUUAUCAUUACUUUCCAGCAUCUUAAAAUAA